UCUCCUAUUCCUACCGUCCAUUCUUCUCCCCCAGCGUUCUAUAUGAGCCUACUUAUGAGCCUACUCACCUCAUUAAUCUCCCACAGAAACCACCACAUCUCUUGGGAGUAGGCAAUAGAGAAAAGGGUGGGUGCUCAAUCUUGGAUUCUUCUGUAUUUAUUGCAGUAUGGCAGAUUUGGAUCGAUCAUCUGAGGAUGUUUCAAUGGAUUCUAAAGGGGUUGUUUCAGGAGGAAACAGCCAAAUUUCCAAGAUGGAUUUCUCAGAGGAUGAGGAGAAACUCAUUGCCAGGAUGUAUAAUUUGGUUGGACAGAGGUGGUCACUGAUUGCUGGAAGAAUCCCUGGAAGAACAGCUAAAGAGAUUGAGAAGUACUGGACCUCAAGAUACUCAACAACAAGUGAAUGAGUGAUGGGUAUUUAUUCUGCACUGUGUACAUGGCAAGCAAAAUUUUUGGUGAUGUUUAGUUUGGUUUGUCCUAUGGGGGGUAGUAUUUCCAUGAUGAAGGGGUGUGGCAACAGUUUCCCUGUUCUUAAAAGUGAUGUUUAUUUUGGGUGGGAAAUCCAAAGGUCCACAUAAGUUCUUGUCUACAACAAUUUUCAUGUUACUCUUGUCAUAAUAUAAAUCUUCAACCUCA